AUGUCUCAAAAACGAUUAUUGAAGGAGCUCAAGCAGCUAAACAAGCAGCAUCCACUGCUUACAAAUGCCCAGAUCAUGAGUUUGGAGCCGGUGUCGGAGGACUCCUUAUAUCACUGGAGAGCAGUCAUAGCCAAACCAACAAAAGCAGACAGUGCCUACUACUAUAAUGGCCAGUGGACGCUAGAAAUCUCGGUCGGAGACGCAUACCCCAAGACCCCUCCAUCGGUGAUUUUUGCAAAGAAGACGCCGAUCUGUCACCCUAAUAUCAACAUCGACACAGGAGAGAUCUGUUUAGAUAUCUUGAAGGACGAGAGCUGGCUGCCGGCUUGGAAUUUGGAGCACAUAGUGGUGGCGAUUUUGAUGCUUCUAGAUGAUCCUGAACCGGACUCGCCGCUCAAUAUCGACCUGGCCAACCUCUUCAAGCUGGAUAAAGCCGCUUUCGAGUCGGUGGUCCAAUACAACUUGUGGAGACACGGCACAUUCUUUGAAGGUACCAAAGAGCCUUCUGGGGUAAAGCUGUAUGCCAUCAUUGCCUACGACAUGAGUUCUGAGGAGGAGGACGAGCCUGAUCUGGAGCAGGAGACAGAACGAGAUUUGGACAGAAGGGGCAACAGAGGAGGCCACGGAAGCGGUCUCCUUGACGAGAGUUUCCAAAAUCUUAGCAUAAGUGGCGGCCUGAGUGGGAACGGCGUUACCGAGGGCGAAAUCGAAAAGCUACAAAGUGAGGCAGCUUACAUUGCCAGAAAGCAUGAAGAACAAAAGGAAGAGAAUGUCAAGCAGAUCCACCAGGUUGGCGAAAAGGUCACCCAGGAGUUUAUUGAAAAAGCCAACGAGGUCGGUGCCAGCUCUCCGAUCUGCCCCAGCGAAACCUUCCAGCUGAUGUACAUGCAAAGUGUCCACCAGCAGGUUGCUGAAAACGUUCUGAAGCAGGUUGAGGAGAUCUGUCUUAAAAAUGCGAGUUCUCCCCAGCCCAAAAUCCUUACCACGCUCACAAAGUACCCGCAAGAAGAUGUGGAGCAAGUUAAAGAGCGGUUUCUCCGGCAAGUCGACCAGCAGGUCGACGAAAUCAGAAGAAUCCAUGAGCGGAGACAGGCUGUCGCCUGA